AUGCUCCUCAUCCAAUGCGCCUGCUGUGCUGCCGAACUUGGGCUAUCCUCGGGCAAGAAAUGCGGCCGCUGCAGCACGCGCUACUGUGGGCCCGAAUGCCAGGUGCAGCACUGGAAAGAAGGCGGACACGACACGCUCUGCAAGAAGAUCAAGAAAAGCGGCGGCGCCGAGCAAUACAACGCAAAUAAAAAAUACACGGAGGCAGUGACGGUCGCGGCGGAGAAAUGCGCGGACGACACCAAGGGCCAGACGUGCUACAUCUGCACGCAAGCCCUCCACUGGAAGACCAAGGAGGGCCUCGUGCGCGGAUGUGCGUGCCGUGGGACGUCGGGCGUCGCGCAUGUUUCGUGUCUGGCGGAGCAGGCGAAGAUUUUGGUCGCGGAAGCGGUGGAGAACAAUUUGGACUGGAAGGUGAAGAAUGAGAGGUGGGUGCGGUGGUGCGAGUGUAGUAUGUGCAAGCAAGGGUACCACGGCCUCGUGAAGUGCGCGCUCGGGUGGGCGUGCUGGAAGACCUACUUGGGGCGGCCGGAGACGGAUAAGAUCUAUGUCAUGGCGAUGAACACACUUGGGAGCGGUUUAGACGAAACUGGACGCCAUGCAGAAGCGUUGGUCGUGAAAAAGGCCGAGUUGUCCAUGCAGCUACGCCGUGGCGCGCCAGCAUCAAGCAUACUCGCCGCGCAGACCAAUCUUGCGAAUACGUACCAAUAUCUCGGACGGCUUGAACAUUCCCUUCAGCUCGAACGGGACGUAUACGAUGGGUCCUUGAGGCUGUUAGGUGAGGAACAUCGGGAUACCAUCAUAUCAGUCAAUAACCUCGCCGCAACCCUUUUUAAAUUAAAGCGCUUCGAAGAAGCCAAGUCGCUGCUGCGCAAAAUAAUGCCCGUGGCGCGACGCGUCCUCGGAGAGAAUUAUGAACUCACGAUCGCGAUGAGGAUGUCUUACGCGCAGUCGCUCUACAACGACGAGGGCGCCACGCUCGACGAUCUCCACGAGGCCGUGACAUUGCUCGAGGAGAACGAAAGGAUCGCGCGGCGUGUGUUCGGUGGCGCGCACCCGCUCGCAAUGCAGAUGGAGCACGACCUGAAAAAGGCUCGGGCCAAGCUCCGCGCCCACGAGAUCGCCGAAGCGAUGCUCGCGACGACGCUCGGGGAUGCCUAAAAUCAUACGUCAAGC